AUGGACGUAGAAGACAAUUCUCAGUACAGUACUCGUCACGAAAUUACAUCUCAUGAUCCACAUUGGUCGUAUGACGUUUUCUUGAGUUUUAGAGGUGAGGAUACUCGAAAGAGCUUUGUUGAUCACCUCUAUACUAGUUUACACGAAAAAGGAAUACACACAUUUCGUGAUGAUAAAGAGUUAAGUAGAGGAAAAUCAAUUUCCCCUGAACUCCUUAACGCUAUAGAAAAAUCGAGGUUUGCAGUAGUUAUUUUUUCGAAAAACUAUGCAGAUUCAUCGUGGUGUUUGGAGGAGCUGACGAAGAUCGUUGAGUGCAACAAGCAGAGGGGACAAACGCUGAUUCCAGUGUUUUAUAGUGUGGAUCCUUCUGUUGUGAGAAAACAGAAGGAGAGUUAUGGAGAAGCUUUCGCUAAACAUGAAGAGAAUUUGAAGGGAUCAGAUGAGAGGAAUAAGAUCCAAAGAUGGAGGGAUGCUUUAAAGGAUGCUGCUAACAUCUCUGGGUUUGACGUCCAACACAUGGAAGACGGGCAUGAAUCAAGGUGCAUUAGACAGAUUGCUUUGACAAUUUUAAAAAGAUUGGGGCGUGUACGACCUAAAGUUGCAGAUCAUUUAGUGGGCAUAGAGUCCCAUGUACAAAAUGUUAUAUCUAUGAUGAAUUUGCAUUCUGAAGCUGAUGUUCGCAUAAUUGGGAUAUGGGGUAUGGGAGGCAUUGGCAAAUCAACUAUUGCGCGAGCUGUAUUUGAUCAACUUCAGGAAGAGUUCGAAGGUAGUUGCUUUCUUGAUAAUGUUAGAGAAGUUUCAACAAAAUCCGGACUUCAGCCUUUGUCGGAAAAAAUGAUUUCUGAUACAUUGAAAGAGAGUAAAGACAAUCUUUACACCAGCACCACUUUGCUGAUGAACAGGUUGAGCUAUAAAAGAGUGAUGGUCGUUCUUGACGAUGUGGAUAAUGAUGAGCAGAUAGACUAUUUGGCUGGAAAGCAUGAAUGGUUCGGAGCUGGGAGCAGAAUCAUCAUCACCACUAGAAACAGGCAAUUGUUAUUGUCUCAUGGGGUGGAUCAUGUGUAUGAAGUUAGUCCUUUAGGGAUUAAUGAGGCUUUGAUGCUCUUCAACAAGUUUGCAUUCAAAGGACGUGAGCCGGAAGGUGAUUUUUCUGAACUGGCGCUGCAAGUCGCGCAAUGUGCUUGGGGCCUUCCACUGGCUCUCAAAGUAUUGGGUUCAUUUCUACAUAAAAGAUCAAAAGCAGAAUGGAAGAGCGAGUUGAAGAGGCUGAAAGAAAUUCCCCAUGAUGAUGUGAUAGGGAAACUUAAAUUGAGCAUUGAUGCAUUGAAUGAUCUAGACAAGCAAAUAUUGCUCGACAUUGCUUGUUUCUUCAAGGCGAAACGAAGAGAACCUGUCACCAGAAAACUCCUUGCUUUCGGUUUCAAACCUGAAAUUGGAGUACCAGUACUUAUUCAAAGAUCACUUUUAUCCAUAUCUGAUGAUGACAGGUUCCAGAUGCAUGAUUUAGUUCAAGAAACCGCUUGGUACAUGGUUCGCCAUGGACAUCCUAGAGAGAAAUUCAGCAGGUUGUGGGUUCCUGACGACAUAUGCGAUGUUAUGUCAAAGAAAUCAGGUACCGGAGCAAUUGAGGGAAUAAUAUUGGCGUACUCUGAAAAGCAGAAGAUGAACUUAGGAUCACAAGCAUUAAAGGGUAUGGAAAAUCUACGUCUUCUGAAAAUCCAGAAUGCUUACUUCCGUAAAGGUCCGAGUCAUCUUCCAAAUGAGUUACAAUGGCUCAGUUGGCACAAUUUCCCUUCAACCUCACUUCCACAAGACUUUGCGGGAGAAAAGCUAGUUGGACUUAAACUAAUUCAUGGCCAAAUUUUGCAACUUUUGCCAGAAGAUAAGUAUCUUGACAAGCUGAAGUAUUUGAACCUCAGCUACUCCAAAGGGUUAAUUAACACUCCCAACUUUAGCCAAAUGCCAUAUCUUGAAAAGUUGAACCUGAGCAACUGUACGAACUUGAUAGGAGUUCACAGAUCACUUGGAGAUCUUACAAGGCUUCAGUACUUGAAUUUGUCUCACUGCUCAAAGCUAAAGAGUAUUUCGAAUAACAUCCAUCUCGAAUCUUUGGAAAAGCUUCUUCUGUGGGACUGCACAAAACUCGAAAGUUUCCCUCAAAUCAUAGGAUUAAUGCCAAAGCUUUCAGAACUUCACUUGGAAGGGACUGCAAUCAAAGAGCUACCCGAGUCCAUCAUAAAUCUCGGUGGGAUUGUGUCCAUAAACCUCAGGAAUUGCAAGGAUCUGGAAUGUAUAACUUAUAGCAUUUGUGGUUUGAGAUGUCUCAGGACUCUAAAUCUCUCUGGCUGUUCAAAACUUGAGACAUUGCCAGAAACCCUUGGACAAGUGGAAACUUUAGAAGAACUACUUGUAGAUGGAACUGCAAUUAGCAAGCUACCAUCAACCAUCUCGGAGAUGGAAAACUUGAAAAUCCUUUCUUUCAGUGGAUGCAAGAAAAGGAAAAAAGAUAAGGCAUUCUGGAAAAACAGUUUUAGCUUUCGCUUGAAUCUAAAGUUAACUUCACUGCCAAAUGUCAGGCGCAUCACAAGACGAUUAAAUACUGGAAGAAAUAAGAAGCCAGAAAUAUCAGGACCAUCAUUAUCUGGUUUGUGUGCCUUAAAGAAACUAGAUCUUAGUGACUCUGAUUUGGUAGAUGAAAUCGCUGGUGAUGUUUGGCAGCUGUCCUCAUUGGAAGAGUUAAAUUUGAGCCGAAAUAAUUUUAAUGAAUUUCCAUCAAGAAUAUAUGGGUUACAGCAAUUCAAGGUCCUGAAAGUUGAUGAAUGCAAAAGCCUUGAAGCCUUGCCUGAUCUUCCCUGGAGUAUUGUAAUGAUAGAGGCAAAUGAGUGCCUUUCCUUGCAGAGUCUUGGAAAUCUUUCACCGCAACAUGCAUUCUUGAAAAAGGUCUCGUUUUUCAAAUGUUUCAAAUUGUACCAACAAAGCCAAAAAACCAGUAUUAGCGCUGCGGAUUUGUUGCUUCAUUUGCUUCUCCAGGGUCACUCCACCUUUUAUAGUCAAUUUAGUAUACUGAUUGCUGGAGGAAAAAUCCCCGAGUGGUUUGGUUAUCAAAAAAUGGGUCGAUCAAUCUCAGUCCAGCUACCUACAGAUUGGCAAGACAACAUUGCAGGGGUUGCAUUCUCAUUUGUUUUCGAAUGCCUUGUUCCAAAAUCAAAACUAGGUGUUACUUUCAAGUUGAUAAGUCCAAACCACCGAGAAUACACAUUUGAAAGUGCUCCAGCAUCUGCUGCUUCAAAGAUGGGGGAGGAGUACAAAUGUGAUCACUUGUGGAUAGCUUAUAUCUCUUUCCAUCUUUUUCGUCUCCUCUUCCCCGAGUUCACAACUGAAGAUUGGACUAAGGUUUGUUGUUGCCUGUCAAUUAGCCUAAGACAAGAGCCAUGGAACAAAGUGAGGAGGUGUGGGAUUCAUUUAGUGUACAAAAAAGACUUGACUACAUCAUUGGCAGCUGGGAGCAAAGAAUUGACGGUGUAUGACGAGGGAGGAGAUUCAAAAAGGAAAGAAGAGGUGAAAGAGGAUAUCGUGGCACUGAUGGCUGGGGUUAACGUUUUGAAUUGGGACGUUGACUCCAUUGAGCAAGAUAACACUCAGCUUGCGAAUUUGAGGAAAUCACUUGCCUAUAAGAUUCAGAAGACACUUUCUUUUGAUUGCUAGAGUAGUGUUCUCUAGCUACUACAUAGUACUAAUGUUUGCUUAUAUCUUCAAUUGAACAGUUGCUUGAUGUUUCUGCUCGUCGAUGGCACGUUUCUUGGUUUGCUUGUUUGUGCUUUACUUCCAUGCAUUGGAUUGAGUAAUACCCUACUACUUACUACCAAUGGAAAUUAGAAAUAAUGGUUGGCUUUGAUUUUGUUGAAUUGUUUGGUUUCUUGUGCACUGUGAAACGAACCGUGUAAUGUGUAAAUGUAAUGCUUGUUUUUCUUUUGUUAAGAAUAAUGUAUGUUCUGUU